AUGUCGACUCAAAUUGCCACCCCGGAGACGCCUGCAACAGCCCCCGCGCCGGUGGCCAAUGGAGAUGUCAAAGUGCCCGAGAUCAAGAUUGAGACUACUGCCUCGAGCCCCCAGUCGAUUCCACUGGCCGGACAAUUAUUGACGGGCAAGCAAGAACACUAUCUCAAGCGAGAACUCAUCUCUAGGCAGGUCUAUAGCGAAAUCCAAGAGUUAAACAGUCCGACCGCCCUCCAACGGUUCGGGGCCCCCUUCCGUUCAGAAUAUGGCGAAGUCUCUCCGAUGGACUCGGAAUUGCCUAUCUUGCGUUACAUCUUCGUCAACCAUGUCCGCAACUUUCCUUUCCUCAACCAGGCCAAAGAGAAGGAGUUCUGGCAGGACAAGUUACAGGUCUUUCUCGAGUCAUUCGCCAGCAAAUAUAUCUCGUCCUCAGAAGACCGGUUAGAAGAGACGAAAAGGCGGAAGCUUGCAAAGAAAUGUGAGAAGCUGGUCGAAUUGAUGAUGGUGUCGGGUGUACCGACUGCCUCCGGAUAUGAGGAAAGAAUACGCUUUUCCGAGAUGGAGGUCGUAGAACGGGGUGCCAAUGAGCAAGGUCUCGUGGUGAACAUUCCCGAGGGCAAGUACAUCAAUGACUGGGAUGUCAAUGUGGCCGGUGUCCGGAUCACUUCGGUGAAACGCACUGUUCGCUACCACCAGCAUGCAGAAUUCUUGAUUCGAGUCAAGAGGCCCAACCAGCCUGAAGUAUACGUUGGAAGACGAUAUGGCGAGUUUGCACGACUGCACAAAAGACUCCGAACUGAGAUGCCCGGCAAAGUGCUCCCACCACUACCGAGAAAGAACAAAUCGUCCACGCUUUCAUCCGUCUUGCCGGGGGGUGAUGACGACACUUCUUCGCUCUCUUCUGUCUCUACCCAAGCCAGCGUUUCAGACGACACGGCCAGAAACGUGAUGGCAACGCAUCGACGUUUCAAGUCCAGCAAUUCAUUGAGUGCCAGUCCGGGUGUUGGGACACCGGCGGGGCGGUCGUCGCCACGACCUAGUCUAUCCAGGGACCGAAGCCCCAGUCCGCAACCUAUUCGAUUGCAUCGAGAAGACCAACGAGUCUCAUUGAGGGCCUUUUUGAGAACAAUCCUUCAGAAUCCCCAGAUUGCCGAGUCCCGGUCGAUCGCUGACUUCCUGAGUCUUCAACCCAUCCACCUGAACGAGGAGGAGCUGGAAGACAUUGAUCGACGCAAAGAAAUGGAUGCUCGGCGUCUGGAGGAACAAGAGAAAUUCUACAACAUUGCUCGACAACGAGCCGCGGAGCUCGACGUGUAUAUGGAGAAAUUCCGAAAGGACAUCGUCGAGAGUAACGGUCUGACCAAGCUCUUUGCCGAAAUUCGAACCAAGGAGAAGCUGGAGGACUUGAGUCCCGAAUACAAAAAGUUUGCGGAAUGGUUGAGGAUAGAAGUGGCGGCCACGGUUUAUCAUUUGUUCCUCGCCGAAGACAAUUCUCCCGAACUGUUCGCCCAGGCGAGACGGAUACACUCUCUGGUGCCAUAUACGGUGUUGAAAAACGUCAUUCGCAUUGCGAAUCCCGCAGCAGUCAUGGCGGGUGUGUUGGAUCUCUUCUUGGCCCAGCCAUUCGGCGCGAGAUCGCUUCUGCAACGAAUCUUUGCGCAGACUCUCGCCGAUGGCAUCCGACAAUUCCAGAAAUCAAUCGACGACCUGAUAGCGAAGAUUGGAGACCCGGGAUUGACGAGUAAACUCAAAGCAUUUGUGGACAGCCCCGAAGAGAUCAAAAAUCUCGUGCGAGAGGAGGCACGCGUGGAAGCCGUCGAUAUGGUGGUGGCAAUCCUCCGAUCCGAAUCAAUCGAGCCCGAAUUGACUGUCCCACAAAUCCAGCGGGUGUUUAAUGCUUGGGUGGCAUGGAACAGCGCCGUGGAAAAUGACGACGAAGAACUGAAGCAGGGAGCUGAGACAUUUUCUCAACUCAAACAACUUCUGAAAUUGAUGACUCGUCAACGGGAUAAAGCGAUGAUGGCUGCGAUGAUCGAAGAGCCCACUACUUUGCAGCUCUUCCGCGACUUGUUCACCAUCUUCUACGAACCUCUGAUUCGGGUUUACAAGUCUGCCAACGUGUAUAGUAGCAUCACCGACUUUGCCCAGUUUGCCGACGAUGCCAUCAAGACGGUGGAGGUUGCUCAGCGGCAGGACGUAUCGGCAGAUCCAAACCAAACCGUGCAAAGCUUUAUUGACCUGUGUGCGCGACACGAGCACAACCUGUACAAAUUCAUCCACGAAGUGCAUAUUCAUGACAACGGUCUUUUCACUGCAUUGAUGGGCUGGAUAGAAGGGAUCUUGGAGUUUCUGCGAAAAGGCCCGAAAGGAGGGAAACUCGACAUGAACGCCAUCUUCCGAGGAGCCUUGGACAUGGGCAUGGUUGACAAAGAAAAGUGUAUCAUCGAGAUCAACGCAUUGAUCAGGUGGCAGCAGGCUCGGAAGAAAUGGCACAGCGACAAGACGAGGCAGAAGAUGGCCGCGGAAGGGACCACCCCGGCAGAAGGCAUACCAGGAAUGCCGUCGUUUAGGAGCAGUGACUUUGGACUGCACGAGGCAGAUCUCAUGGAUCUUCGAAUCUCGGACGAAGAGGACGACGAAGAGAGCGAGGAUGAAGAAAUCGAGGAUGAUCUCGAUCCCAUCCACGCUGAGCGGCGGAGACGGCGAAAAGCCCAAGAUCGCCUGCGACGCAGCGCGGGUGAGCCGGUCAAACCUGAAGUCACGGAAGUGUUGAAGUUGAAGGAAUCUUUCCUGGCAAUGUUGCGAGCCGUAUUGAGCGAGUGA